AUGUCGGAUGCUAGAGAUAGUUUUCUUGACCUUGAGAAGCACCGUCUACGGCUUGAAGAUAAUGUCAGCAAACUGCGGAAAGCUCUGCAGCACUGGCAAACUUGGGAUGCCGAAUAUGAGGCUCUCAAGGAAGAGGUCGAGGCCGUGACCGCAGCAGAUCAAGCCGAAGAGCUGCAUCGCAUACAUGCCGAGUUUGAUGGCGAGCUGCUGAACGGGAAGGAAAUAGACGACAUCUUCGGCCGGCCAAGCCUCAAGACCCAGGAACAAAUCGUCAAUGUCCUGGAACGCCGCAUUGAUUAUGUGUCUAAGAACAUUGAGACGCUGCAGAAGCAAAUCGAAACAGCCGAGAAUAAGUAUGCUGCUGCGACUGUCAUCAGCCAACCUGAUGCCACUGACGAAGAUGGGCAACCUAUCCUGGACAUUGUCGAAGAACUGGACGAUGAUGACAAUGUCGUCUCAUUUCGGCUGAAUAGGCCCGGCGAGUCUCUAGGAAGUGUUGAAGCACUUCUGGAAAAGGCUGGGGUUACAGACGAUACGGAGCCUGGGCCUGAGAAGAAGGAUCUAGAUUCAAGUAAAACCAUGGACAAGGGGAAAUCUCUCAAAGGAAAGGAACGAGACCUUGAAGCCGUGGCCCCACCUAAACCGCCUUCACCGAAGCCUGAAGUGAAGAAAACCGUCUCAUUCUCAGAAGAUACAAAGUCUGCCGAGGAGCCUGAGCCUGAGAUAUCAUGGAGAGCGAAGCGCGUCAAGGAAAUCAUGGGCGCCGCCAAAGACCAAGAGGACAUUAGCAUGCAAGCUGCUGUUAUACCCAAGGACGAGUCACCAGAAGAUGCAGCUUUACGGCAGCAGAUGCUGAGGUAUGGCAUGAGUGAAGUUGGUGCCGUUGUUGCCGAACUUGAGCUCGAGGAAGGCGAUUCGGAGGAAGGUUCCGAGGCCGACGAGGAUUUUGACGAUGAAUAUGACGAGUAUGAUGAAGAUGACGAUGAAGAUCAGUAUGGACGCUAUAAAGGCAGUGUUGUCACGGACCAAUAUCGUCAGCGAAUGCUUCAACUGGAGAAGAAGCUUGGCAUAAAGUCACAUUCCUCGAAAUCUCAGCCCAAAGUUGACGAAGAUGAGCCAAGCGAUGAUGAUAAUGAUGAAGGAGUUGGCCGUAUCGUCGUCAAUCGAGAAACUGCAGCGCCAUCAUCAUCCAAAGCUCCAAAAGCCUCUCCUCUCAAGUCGAAUCUUAAAGAGAAACAAAUUGGCGAUUCUGAAGCAAAGAAAGGCGUGCGUUUUGCGGCUAGCCUUGAUAUCGCUCCUGAGAACGAACCUUCUGCUCCUGUGGUCAGCGAGACGAAGAAGAAGGACGUUGUCGACCCGUUAAGCGAUACUAUUGUGGAACGGAGCAGCUCUUCAAAGCCGAUCAAACCUGAAGCCCAACCAGCAAAAAGAGCGUCACGGUUCAAGAAGACCAGGGAUAAUACCGACUCAGCAAGUGCUGUUCCUAAAGGACCCUUGGAUAUCCGGCCGAAAUUUGUCGACGAGGAUCGACUGCCAGUGCCAACUGGCCCAGAAGGCGCUACAAUUGCCGAUAAACUGGUCGAACGGGACUCGACGGCUGCUGCCGUUGCUCCUGACGAAGUCAACGAUAUGAUGAGCCACCAAGAGGUCGCUGAUGAGUAUCAACGGAUGCGCAGAAAAUUCAUCCAGCGAGAAGGUGGGUUCCUCAAACCGGAUGAAUCUCCUAUCCAACCCAUACACGACGAGGAAGAUCAGGAACCCAUUAGCCGAUUCAAAGCUGCGCGGCUCUCGCGCCAGUAG